UACUAGCUAGGUUAGCAAAGCUGGAACAAAUCCUAUCCCAGCCUGUAGCGGUUCAGCUUGAACACUACAGCUCGGUUUCACAAGCAUCAGCAUCAUUGUUAGGCAAACGUACACUAAAAAGUAACAUUAUUAACUCAACCCCUCAAUUACCCGUCCCAACGUAUUCUAUUCUUUCACUUCCAACAAAUUUCCUCCCUCCUCUGUCCUUAUCGAAUUAUACCAGUUCUCAAGGUUCGUGACAAAAUACUUAUUUCACCAAAAGUUUCCAUAUUAUCCAUCUCAAUAAUUUAGAUUCAUUCCCAGUCAAGGGAUGUGGUUUGGACAGAUCGGGUUUGACUUGACAUGUCCCACCUGUCCGCAAGAAAUGCACCUUCUGCCAUGUGCUGGCUCUGGGACUGCAGUCUUCUUUACCGCAGGCUUCUUUGCAGGGGCGCCGGUUUUGCGGGUUUUCUUGCCUGCCCUUUUGGCGGCAGGCUUCUUUGCCGGGGCGGGCGCUUUACGUGGUUUAUUACCUGCCCUUUUGGCGGUAGUCCUCGUUGCAGGAGCGUUGGUGUUGGCUCUCCGUCUCCUAGGCCUAGUAGGCGGACCUUCGUAAUAGUCCACAUUAUAUGUGGCGGCACCGCGACGGGGUCGGUUUCUUGCAGCUGUGACGACGCGGGCGGCUUUGGGCGGCAUUAUGUUGUUAAUUGUGAUGAAGAGAUUGUGUGUUUAGGAUACAGGUUGUGUUGAUGGGAGAUAAGGGGAUUGUGUGACCUUUUGUAAGAAUUGGGAUGAGGGCUCAAAGCCCGAAGACAAAAGAGAUGAUUAU